AUGGAGCUUCCAACAACCAGCAAGGAAUUUUUUCUUGCUUCCAAUAAGACUUCCAAUGCCUCUUCUCAUAGGACUGAUUAUAGCUUUGGCGGCCUGACACUGAUACAGCUUAGAUGCAUCUUUGCUUCUUUCUGUGGCCUCAUCUUGUUAGUUGGUUUUGCUGGCAACCUCUUCAUGUUGCUGGUCCUGAUUGAGGGUUUCCAGAGCAGCAGCAGCAACUCCAUCUCUGCUGUGACCAGCACUCUCAUGGUCAACAUCACAAUCUCUGAUCUGAUCUUUCUCCUCUACAGUGUCACUGUGCUGCUCUUCACGUUCCUCCAUGAGGACUGGGAGAUGGGUGCAGCUGUCUGUGUAAGCAGCCAGAGUUUUUCUAUGUGGACCAUGUUCUGCAGCUUUUACAGCAUGGUAGUUACCUCCAUCCUGCAAUACCUGGCAGUAGUUCAUCCAACCCGCUCCUUCUCAACAAACAUGCUCCAGAGGCUUCUGCUGUGCAUGCUCAUGUGGCUUAAGGGCUUCACUGUCUCCAUCCCCAACUGGAUGCAUCAAAGAGUUAUUGUGUUGGAAGAUGCUAGAUACUGCAUGCUUCUGAUGACAUCAAAGCAAACAUACCUGUAUUUUGUUCUCUUUGGGGGGAUUGCCUUUUUCCCCUUUGUGCUUCUGUUGUUCCUCUGCUAUUCCAGAAUUGUCCAUUCCCUCUGGUUCAGGAAGCUGGUGGUGGUCCAGUCAUCUACGAGCAUUCGGGUCAACAAGAAGGCUAUUGUUAUGACCCUGACUGUACUAGCUGUUUUCCUCUUGAUGUGGAUACCAUGUUCGGUGGUGAUCUACCUCUCUGCAAUCCACAGCCUUCCACAAACGCCUGCGGGGUUUGUAGCCUCUGGCUUAUCUACCAUAUUAGCUUACUCAAACUGCUCCGUGAGUCCUCUCAUCUGUUUCUCCCUUUCUGAUCAGUUUCAGGCUGGCCUGAAAAAACUGCUUUGCCAAAGAGGUUCUAGAUAA